AUGGGCUGUGUGAAAUCUCUGCACUUGAAGAAUCAAGCAGAGAUCUUCCCCAAGGAUGUCAGCCUAAUUAACGAACACUAUUCACUACCAAUUUCUAAUGAAGACAAAGCGUUGUUGAGAGAAUCUUGGAAACAGCUGGAAAAUAUGAAAGAUGCAAUGGGCAAGACCAUAUUUACAAGGUAUUUAACUGGACUUAUAAAUGGAAGGUAGUGAUCUUGUAUCUUGACAUGCUGAUCACUUUCAAAAAAUAAAAAAGGGCCACAGAGCUUCCUUUUAAGUAAAGUAAAACGACAGCUUUAGGUUGUGCUGUUGCUACAGAAACUGUUUAAUUAAGAAAUGAUCCGUAAACGUCAAGGAUUACCCGAAAAUCUCUUCUGCUGUUUUGGGACUCUGUUUUGAGCAAACUUAAAUAAAUCGCCUACAAAUUUGAUCUAUUAAAGAAUAAUGAUUCGUCACAUGCUCUGGAUAACUUCCGGAAUCCGGGAAACUUUUUCUUGUGGAAUCUGGAAUCCUGGACUUUGGAAUCCAGACUCCAGCUCAACGAAUCUGGAAUCCUUUUAACAAUUGGAAUCCGGACUCAAAGGAAUCGUGAAUCCAGUAACUAGAAUCCAGAAUUGAAAGCGUGGAAUCCAGAAACAAAGUCUGUUUUGGAAUACCGUAGAUAGGGCAAUUUACCACCAGUGUCAUCAAAAGUGGGUUUCAGAAGGUUGAAGUUAGCCGGCCAUUGUUUAAGACACCCGGCAGAGGAAGCAUCUAAACUAGUACUUUGGCAGCCAAUGAGUGGAUGCAUGAACAUCGGAAGACCAGCUGUUACUUAAUAUAUAGAUAACCUGAAAAGCGAUACCAGCUUGGAAAGUGAGGAAGAGCUGAGAACAGCUAUGUUGGAUAGGGAGACCUGGAAGGGGCGUGCUGAAUCGCGGCGUUCUCUUGCUCGGCCGUAGUAGUGGUAGUAGUAGUAGUAGUAGUAGUAGUAGUGGUGGUGGUGGUGGUGGUGGUAGUGGUAGUGGUAGGGGUAGUGGUAGUGGUAGUGGUGGUGGUAGUGGUAGUGGUAGUGGUAGUGGUAGUGGUAGUGGUAGUGGUAGUAGCAGUAGUAGCCUGCGUGCAGACGAUAACUAAACUCUGAUUAGUACCGUCUGCGAAGCAGCGCAGAGAUCCUUGUUCUGAACCCCCAACGGACUCAACGAAUUACCGGAAGUGCGUUUCGAAUUUCCCUUCAACCUGAUUGGCGAUCACGACAAACAAAACAAAGGCCUUUUUGAACUGGCCAACCGUGGCGCGUACUCAAAUCUGGGUACACAGCUGGAAGUCCAGAACAAGGAUUUCGGCGCUGUUUCGCAGACGGAGUUAACCAGAGUUUAAUUUCGUCUGCGCGCAGGCUAUAGCAGUAGUAGUAGUAGUAAUAGUAGGGGAAACUGAUAUUUCUGUUUUCCGUUUUUACAGGCUCCUUGAGUUAAAUCCAGACAUUCAAGACACGUUUCCAUCAUUCAGAGGGGUCGCGCUUGACGAGCUAAUGAACUCUCGAUCUUUAUUUUUACACGCAAAACGUUUGAUGGCAGCGAUGGAGAAAGCUGUUUCUUCGCUUGAAGAUGGGCAAGAGAUUGUUGAACGUUUAACAGACCUGGGGCAAAGACAUAUUGCAAUAUCAAUCACUGAGAAACAUUUUAAGGUGCGAUAAGUUAAGCUCAGUCAAAGGAAACCUGUACAGAUGUAAAAUAAAAUAAUGAUCGCCACUCACUGAGGCUGGUUAAGUUUAUAUCAAGAUUAACAUAGCGAUGUAGUCAGGCUCGUGGACGUUUGACUUUCGAGUCGAGGGCUUCAAAGCAGCCAGCAGAAUCUACGUGAUUAUGUCAGCAUUUUCCUUUUUAGCCCUUGAUCCGAAAUUGCAGUUUCAUUAACUAAUUAGGCUUCAACAUAAUUUGCUAUUAUAUUUGACUAAAAUUAUAACAUGCAACAUUUUUAUGAUUUAAUUUUUUACAACAUCUUGUUUGAUUAAAGCCCCGUGCAAACACCCGGACGCAACAUGGUUGGCCAACAACUCCCAACAUUGUUGGGAGUUGUUGCGUCCAUUUCCACGUAGAUAAACGUUUGAAGGGUUUCAAACUUUGCGCAACAACUCCCAACAACACGCAACAACAUGCAACAGGGUGUGCAAACGGAGGCAACGUGUAACAUCCAACAAUGUUGCGUCCGUUUUCGCAGGGCUUAAGAGGUCUUCUUAUUCCUAGCAUAUUUUUCUUUCUGUUUAGAUUAUGGAAAAAGCCUUAGUUCUCACAUUAAAAGACCUACUGAAGACGGACUACACAGAAGAUAUUGCGCAUGCCUGGACAGAACUAUUUGGGUUUAUGACCGCUACCAUGUUAGCAGGAAAGGAACGAGCACACGAAAAUCACAACUCAUUGAUGUAAAUAAAUCAUUACAAACACUGGUCUGCAUUGUCGACGGAAUGAAGAAUCUAUAUAUAAACGUUUGAAACUGUUAUGAAGUUGAUCACUGCUCACGUGCUUUUAAUAGCUUUUGAUAGCCGGGACCCAAACUAAGCGCGCUCGCAUUUAGGAACUCCCCUGAUCCGGCAUUUUAUAGAAUACCGAAGGCAAGACGUUUUCUUUCCAGUUGUUUUUGGCUCCACAGCAAAGAAGUCAUCUCUGAAGUUGUUUCACGGUGCAUUUUUCCGGUUUUUCGCGAGAUAAAAUCGCCCCAGGCACAUAUUCCUUCAGCUUCACAUUUUCAGGUGUUAUCUUUCAAUUCCACCUUCCGUUUUGUUAUUUUGAGCUGUUUUAACCCCGGUGAAACAUUCCACUUCGCUUUCAGCCAUGUUUGUUUACAUUCGCGUCCCCCCAAAUAGUCCAUAAAUUCGUACGCGCUUAGUUUAUAUUCCAGCCUAUCACUCUUUUUCGAAAAGAGUUAUCAUUCAACCGAAAAAUAAGACGAGUACCCGUGAGAAAAAGUAUGCGCAUUUGAAAACUCUACAGUUUUUUUAGUCUACUCCCCUUUUUUACCAUUUGGACUGAACGAAGGUCACAUGACGUCAUGACGUCAUGACAUCCGAAUUUCCGCCAUAUUGAAUCACGGGAUCCUUUAGGAUCUCAGCAGCUUGGGGCUGUGAAAGAAAUUCAUGUGCUGAAAAACUACUUAUACCUUUAUUUUUUUUACUUCGACUAUUUUCAAAGCUAUUUAAAAUUAAAAACAGCACAGAAACAAGGCAACUGCUACUGCUUCUACUAAAUUUUUUGUAUUAUAAUUUGUAUAUUUUCAAUUAUUAUGAUUAAUGAUCGUGGUCACCUACUAGUUUAGCUUUAUAGUUAUUUUUGGUGUCCAACCACUGGAUGUAUUUUUAUUAAUUAUGAUAUUUCUUGUAGUUGUAUACAGUAGAAAUGGAUGGCCUUAAAUAGAUCCUAUCCUAUUUUCUAUCCCCUAACUAAUGUUGCUAACCUAUGCAGGAAUACAGCAGUAAAAAAUACGUUUUAAAAACGACACUUCAACAGAGCAUGGAAGAAUCUUUAUUUCUCAGUUUGAAACAUUUAAAAUAAACAUUUCUAUGAUGAAUACUUAUAUUCUGGGUAGAAUGUAUUUCGUACAGUGCUCAAUUCAUUUUAUUGAAGAGCAUUGGCUAUAACUUCAAAGGAGUUCAGGCUUCAGGAGUAAUCAUCGUUUAUUGCGACAGUGCUGUUUCGUAUGGUCCGAAAUUAUAGGACCACACUCAUCAGGCAACUUCAACGAUUGACUAUUUAUCUCUAUCAUAGAUAUGUACUACAGUACAACACGGAAAGUUAGCAUAUGACGAUGUUGGUCAAACUUAAUCCAUUUGAACCUUUUCUGGGCGAGAUGUUGGUUGUUGCAGGAUGAUGUUGGAAAAACGCAUCGGAUCCAACACAAUGUCUUCUUUAAAUUUUUAUCGUGUUGACAUAAAGGACUUGACGACAAGAAUGAUGCCCAUGACGGGCGACGUUGGGUAUUAUACUGGGAAUUUUGAAUGAUGUUGGACCAAUAUAUUUGGUCCUAGAAAACGUCCCCUUCUACACCAUUCAGCAUUGGUCUGGUGAUGAACUUAAACAACUCUUUCCAGGCUUCUAUGACUUGGUUCGUGCACUCCGUGUUUAGCAUUUCCUGUAGCGCCCACAAAAGUGCAUCACCCAGAACCUGACGAUUUCGAAGAACGAAAAUAUUUAAGUUACUUUUCAAGCAAGAUCUCAUCACCCUGGAAGUUCUGUCUUGUGUCAAAGUACACACUGAGAUUGUUUUGGAAACAGUAUCGCUUCCUUCAACAGCUAUUACGAGAUUGCGCGCCUUUGAAACUAAGUCACUGAAGAAGUGUGACACAACUAGAUUGCUCUUUUCUCACUAACAUUUACCUUGUUUGUCAUAAAUAGAAUCUGUUCUUUGCUUGAUUUUGAUGACUCUUAACUUGGGUGGACGCUGAGCUACUAUCCAAUAUAUGGGUUUAAGUAACUUUUCUAUACUUUGCCAUCCACCAAUUUUCUGGAAAUAAUGCUCUUUUCCUGAUUGGCUGGGUUUUUUCGGCACAAUAGAUGUAUCUAUAAAUAGCCUGAAAGUCUACUACGGCCAAAAAUGGUCCAGUUAUUAUCAAAUUGCAUCGAAAGAGGCGCGAGGAUCAAGGAAAUAAUUUAAUUAAAUAAGAGCAAAUUUCUUCUAUGGCUUACAUGUUUACAAAAGAAUUAAAUGUUUUCCAAUGGGCAAUAGCAAAAAUGAAUGGUAUUAUAACGGCAAAAAAGUGAUUUACCCUGAAGUGUUCCUGUGUGAGUGACCACGGUUGAUGUUUUUUACCCAAAUUUGUAAGAGACUCUACAACCUCGUCAGCAUCAUCUAAAGCGGAGAUGGCGUUUUCUACCACAGCCAUGACUCGGUUGGCAUGAAGAUAGAGCGAGCGGGAAUUCAUAAGUUCGUCAAGACUGACGCCUUUAAAUGAAGGAAAUGUGUCUUGGAUGUUUGGAUGAGUCUUAAAAAGUCUAAAGAACAUAAGAAGAUUGUGUUAAACAUUUCAUCCUUAGAUUUAGAUUGGUGUAAAAUGUAAUCAUUGCAUUCAAAUAAAAGGUACUGAGAAGUACUUUCCUGUGGUACUGUUUAUCAUGCUGUACGCAAGGCGGAUGAAAUCCUAUGGUGUGACCAUUCAAAUGAAAGCUACUGAGCAGUACUUUCCUGUGGUACUGUUUAUUAUGCUGUACAAGGUGGUUCCAACUGUUGAGUCUGUGGAUGAAAUCCUAUGGUGUGACCAUUCAAAGGAAAGCUACUGAGCAGUACUUUCUUUUGAUACGGUUUGGACCAAGUGGUGUAUGUUGUGACAAUCCAAAGUCUUUUCGGCUGUGAUAUCAUACGAUAGCGACUUCUUUUUGCUAUUUUAAAACAAUUCAAUUUUUUAGUUUCUACGAAUUCUGGUCUGAAUUUACACAUAGUUAACGCUAUUUAAAAGUGGAACUCUCUUUAAUGUGAAAUACGCGUCAGUACUGUCACCUCGGUUUUCUCAAUGUCCCGUAUGUGGAUCCUCGAUCAUAAAUAGUAAUGAAAAGGGUUAACAAAUGUCGAUUAAUAUGUAUAUUGCAAUUAAACCCAAAACAUCCUUACUUUGUUUUUACUAUUCAUGCAUUUAUUUUCCUUUUCUUAAGUCACACACCAUGUUUAAUCAAACGAUCUAUAUUGGUUAACAACUGUUAUUUCCUAGGUUUCAGUGACUUACGCAUUUUCAUGUUUUUUCUUUCUAUCGGUCAAACCGUAUUAACACUCUCGAGCAAAACCAGUCGAAAAAUACUUUGAUUUUCUUGUAGAAUACUCGUUCAGGAAGGCAUUACGUCAGGUUUUUCGACGUUUUUCUCCCGUAACAUUCAAUGGGACUUCUUCACUAAGCCUAUGGAUGCACUUUUGAUUAUUCGUUCUAGCGUAAAAUAUUACAACAAGUCAAUGAAGACACCUGCUUAAAAUGAUUCAUUUGAACUUUUCCAGGUGCACAAAACCUUAAGUUAAGAUUCUAAUUGCAACACUAGUAUCAGUUGAAGAGUACCCAAAUUAUGAGAAAUUAUAUGUUGGAAAGUCAGCGGGAAAAAGUUGACAAUAUAAAGAAGGACUGAGCCGAAAAAUAAAUAUUUUGUUGUGUGAUCUGACGUCAGUGUUAACUAAAUACAGACGGCUUUAAAUAUACUGGCACCUGAAUGAAACAUGGAACCGAUUUGAGGGUUUACUUUCAUUCAUUUUAUUCGAGUAAAUUUUUUACAACGAGAAAGAAUCAACACUAUACCAGCGUCAUCUAUGAAUUGGCUAUAUCAUAUGCUAUAGCAUGGUGAACUAAAAAAGCCUUAACGUUAAAAACUAUAUUCACCAUCGGGUUUAAAGCUGAAAAUACACCUGUGCUAUAGAUAUAAACAUAUACCACAGGAAAAUUAAACUGCUUAGUAACGGCUUUCACUUUGAAAGGUGGGCACUAUGGAUUUCUGCAUUAUAGACUUAAACUGUUUCCACUUCAUCCUUGAACAGCAUAAUUAAUUAUAUUAACAAAGUGAAAUUCAGCACAGAAGACUUUUUAGAACAUGCUAAGCUCAGUUACAUAAACGCUGGGAGAAACUGCCGCCGAGUCGAGAUCACUUGCUUAUCUUACCUCAUAAACAUAGCUUUUCCUGUCUCGGUUUUAACUGGUUCCACGAGUUUCCAUGAUUCUCGUAAAGUGUUCUUCGUGUUAUGCGAUAAAGAAACUGAAGCAAUUUGAAAAUCCCCUGGGGCGCAAGUUGGUUUUUUCCAAGGAGUGGUAUGAUUCGGAAAUGACGCAGAACAGCCCAUCACGGAAAAAAAUAGCCAAUAGUAGAUGUAACACGCUCUCAAUUCCUGUAAAAUAGAGUGCUCAUAAUAUGUAGAGCAAAAACCAAACUGAGUCUCGGUCUAUCAUGGGUCAAAAUGGUUAGUAGUUUAACAUGAUAGUGGUAGUGGUAGUGGUAGUGGUAGUGGUAGUGGUAGUGGUAGUGGUAGUGGUAGUGGUAGUGGUAGUGGUAGUGGUAGUGGUAGUAGUAGUAGUAGUAGUAGUAGGGCGAACUGAUAUUCCUGUUUUCCGUUUUUACAGGCUCCUUGAGUUAAAUCCAGACAUUCAACACACGUUUCCGUCAUUCAGAGGGGUCGCCCUUGACGAGCUGAUGAACUCUCGAUCUUUAUUUUUACACUCAAAACGUUUAAUGGCAGCGGUGGAGAAAGCUGUUUCUUCGCUGGAAGAUGGGCAAGAGAUUGUUGAACGUCUAACCGACCUGGGGCAAAGACAUAUUGCAAUCUCAAUCACUGAGAAACAUUUUAAGGUGCGUUAAGUUAAGCUUGUCAAAGGAAACCUGUACAGAUGUAAAAAAAAUAAUGAUCGCCACUCCCUGAGGCUGGUUAAGUUUAUAUCAAGAUUAACAUGACGAUGUAAUCAGGCUCGUGGACGUGUGACUUUCGAGUCGAGGACUUCAAAGCAGCGUGUAGAAUCUGUUUGUUUAUAUCAGCAUUUUCCUUCUUAGCCCUUGACCCGAAUUUUAAACAAAUUGCAGUGUCUUUUACUAAUUAAGCGCCAUCUAUAGGCUUCAACAUAAUUCGAUAUUAUAUUUGAUAAAAAUUAUAACAUGCAACAUUUUUACAAAAUCUUGUUUGAAUAAAGCCCCGCGCAAACGGACUCAACAUUGCUAGCCAACAACUCACAACAAUGUUGGAUGUUACAUGUUGUGUCCGUUUGCACAUCCUGUUGCAUGUUGUUGGAUGUUGCUGCGUGUUGUUGCGCAAAGUUUGAAACCGGUCAAACUUUUCAGGCAACAACUCCCCAAAUUUCUUUUGUUCCGUGAUUGCCGAAGCGAAGCGCAACAAUGUUGGACCCGUUUGCACAGCUCUUCCAACAUUGUUGGGGCCACGCACGCUCAUUACGCAUGGAUUACAAAGACUUAUGGGUUGUAUCCUUCCCACGACGCAAUGCAGGUCCAGACAUUGUUGGGAGUUGUUGCAUCCGUUUGCACACCACUGCCAACACGCACGCAACAACUCCCAACAUUGUUGGCGCAACAAUGUUGGGAGUUUUUGCGUCCGUUUGCACGUAGCUAAAAGUUUGACCGGUUUCAAAAUUUGCGCCACAACUCCCAACAACGUGCAACAAGGUGUGCAAACAGACGCAACAUGUAACAUCCAACAAUGUUGGGAGUCGUUGGCCAACAAUGUUGCGUCCGUUUUCACAGGGCUUAAGAGGUCUUCUUAUUCCUAGCAUAUUUUUUUUUCUGCUUAGAUUAUGGAAAAAGCCUUAGUUCUCACAUUAAAAGACCUGCUGAAGACGGACUACACAGAAGAUAUUGCGCAUGCCUGGACAGAACUAUUUGGGUUUAUGACCGUUACCAUGUUAGCAGGAAAGGAGCGAGCACACGAAAAUCACAACUCAUUGAUGUAA